AUGGCGGAUUGCUGGAAGCUGUGUAGCUCCCCCGACCCGCCUGCGCAGUACAUGACGCUGAGCUAUCGAUGGGGCGUGCAACCGGGAACGAUGCUUCUUCGACGUAACUUCGACGACUUUCACCGGGACACUCCUAUUUCAAUCCUUCCGCAGACCUUUCAAGAUGCUAUCACAGUGGCUCGUGCAUUCUCCGUGGCAUAUAUCUGGAUAGACGCCCUCUGCAUCAUACAGGAUAGCGACACGGAUUGGGAGCUUGAGGCACCAACUAUGCGUUACGUGUAUUCCCAUUCAGCCUGCAACAUUGCCGCCUCUGCUGCUGCCGAUCAACAUAGCGGUCUGUUCCGAACAAGGCACGGAGAGAGUGUUCUCCCCGGUUUCUUCAAAUCAGGAACUACAUCCACCAACCACGGUACCGAUAGGUUUCUGAUAUUCGAUAAAGGUUACUGGAGUCGAUAUUUGAACUGCGGCGCUUUGCACAGUCGGGGUUGGGUAUUCCAGGAGUGCUUGCUUGCUCCAAGAGUCGUCUAUUUUGCCAAAGAUCAAAUUCUCUGGGAAUGUCUUGUUGGAAACAAAUGCGAGGGAUUCCCUCUGGGAAUCCCUUACCACCAACGAACCAAGGACCUCAGCCCACUCUGGGAUUCUCUUGAAACCGAUGUUGAUCGCCAAAUCUACGGAACGUCCAAACAAAUGAGCUAUAAAAUCCAUACUUUGUGGAGCAAUCUUGUGGAAAGAUACUCAUCUUGUGACUUGACAUUCAGCAAGGAUAAGCUUCCAGCGCUUUCUGGAGUUGCCCAAGUUUUUGCCAGUGCAACCGGGGACAACUACGCCUACGGAAUGUGGCAUUCUAGAAUCGUUGAGCAGCUCCUCUGGCGUGCCGCCACGCCUAAUCCUGGCCGUUCCUUGCAGCAAAGCAAAGUGCCAUCGUGGUCAUGGGCAUCGCUAGAUGGGACAAUAGAAAUGACACCUAUUCCUAUCAGCUGGAAGUCUUUGGUCGAGAUAGUCGAGAUAAAGCAUACCAACAUGUUUGCGGAAUCUUCCAGUCAAAGUUCCAACCCCUCGCUACGUUUGAAAGGUGCUCUCUCUGUCCUUGGAGAGUCUGGUACUAAGGAUCACUCUUCUAUUCGACUUGGCUCGUUGAGGCUCGGCUGUGAUAUCUCCCCUGACUACCAUCAUGUUCAUGAUGAUAGGUCAAGUCACGCGGUUUAUUUCCUUCCUACUCUUUCGGCUCAUCCUUGGUAUCCUGCAAAAAGAUUCACUACUCAAGUGGUAGGCCUAGUUCUAGCUUUACAGGGCCAAAACACCCCUGUUAAGUUCCACCGUGUCGGACUGUUCAGUACGGACCGCUCGCAUGAUAUCGAAAGACUUGGCCUCACCAUAACACCUGAGGGAUUAGCAACGCUCAAAAGGUUGGAGCAUCAGCAGGAAAUAGAAAUUAUCUAG